GUCGACGAGCACCUACAGUAAGUAUUCGCCACUGCUUUUUUUCUAUAAAGAAACUGGAAGUCUCUUUUCUUGUAGGCACUUACUUUCAGACAUUGCCAGCACGUUGAAGUGGACGGGCUGACAAUCACCAACAGCCAGCAAAUGCAUCUUGAUCUUUCAUCUUGCUCGAAUGCAGUUUUGAGGCACUUGACGGUUUCUUCGCCAGAAGACAGUCCCAACACGGAUGGGAUACACCUCGAACGUUCGGAAUCGGUGUCAAUAGUCCAAACCACCAUUUCCACAGGUGACGACUGCAUAUCCAUUGGCCCCGGCACAUCACACGUCGUAAUAGAGGAUGUCUCCUGCGGCCCUGGCCAUGGAAUCAGCAUCGGAAGCUUAGGGAAGAAAAGGCAAAGUUUCGACCGUGUCUCGCAUGUAAAAGUCCGAAACGCUUUCCUAAGAGAUACACAGAAUGGCCUGAGGAUCAAAACAUGGGAGGGUGGACGAGGAUGGGCACACGACUUCGUCUUCGAACACAUUACCAUGCUGCGUGUAAAGAACCCGAUCCUUAUUGAUCAAUAUUACUGCGACCACGAACACUCUGGAACCUGCACGCCAAAGCGGUCAUGUUUCGUUGCAAUCCGACGAAUCCUUGUCAUAAGAUUUCUCUCGACGACGUGGCCUUACAAUACAAGAACAGCCAAGCUAGCAGCUUUUGCCAAAACGCUUACGGAUCAUCUGCGAGAUACGUACUGCCACCGACAUGCUUGCUAUCUGAAAGCAAGUACAAACAAUCCCAUUGGAACAGAAACAGGAGUAGACACACCUGAGAAGUCGACCAUCUGUUAA